AUGUACUAUAGUACUAGUGUAGAACAAGGUUCCUCUUAAAAAAGAAGGAUGUCCUCUGAAAAAUGUGUUCCUGGUCGGACUUCUUGUGAAUAGAUGAUGAAGACCGCUCUAAACUAGUCUGAGAUGGGUCUUUGGCGGCCCUGGAAGUGAUUUCCAGACCAAUGUCCAAGAGAAUGUGAUAAUCAGCUGAAUUUCAGCAUCAACUCAUGUAAGAAAAUAAGAAGGUUGAGAUUUGAAAAUUGCUUAUUUUGAAAGGAAAUUUUUCAAAAUCGUAGAAUAAUCGGGAAAAUUUUACAGAAAAGUAUUGAGAUAAGAACAGGCUCACUAAAAAAAAUCACUAAUUCCUUGAGGAAAGAACUCCUGUACUUUUUAGACAGAAUUUACAUAUUGUAAUCGGUUACAAUAUUUUUCCGGCAUGAGACAAAAAAGUGGUUACAGAGCUCAACUUGAGUGUCAAAGUAAAAAUUUUCAAAUUUCAACCUUCUUAUUCAUAUAUAUAUAAUAUAUUCUAGCUCAAAUUCGGAGACAGUAAUAAUUUUAAAAAUGCAUGAAGACAUGACCUGAAAAAUUAAAAAAAUUUCGCCACCGGCGGAUUCAUUUGGUCAGUCACACAAGAUUCGCUUUGCUUCUAUGUUUUGGUCAGUAAGCCAUGGUUUGAUAGUCUAGAUCUCUGCAUUGAGUAUGCGCCUCUAGUUGUAAUAAUACCUGGAAUCCAUCCAACGUGAAAAAAUCCAAAAAUUAAUGAAACUUUCUGUUCAACUUGAUCGAUAGAGCACACUUUUCCGACCUCGUUUGCUCUUGGAUUCGCUCUUAUUGAAACACAGAAAACGGUUGUGUGCAGUUGCAAAGCCUCUUUGCCUCAUUUCCGCGGUUAACACACCCCCUCAGCGCUUGUUGUACACACUUUUAUCAGUUAUCAGCACUGUCUUCUCCACCCAAACAAGACGAUUGUAUUAUACAGAAGAAAUCGAUCCUAAUGGUAUUUCUCUUGGCUUUAUUCAUCCUUAGUUCUACGUCAUUUUCUCAUUCUCUACUGAGCUCUGCAACCAGUGCACAUGAAUGUGUUCAGCUUCUUUUGAGAGAAAAGCCAGUAACCCCAAGUGUGAAGAUUUCAAAAUUGUUAUGUGUUUAAUUUUGCUGAUUACAGAAAUCAACAAGCGGUGAGUAUUAUUUAAAUGCAAGAGUUCAUGAUCGACUCAGAUUCAAUUUCAACUCAUUAUGUGAUCAUCGUGAGUCCACAUUUCAUUUGAAAAUCAUUGCAACUUUUAACAGGCAUAAUUUGUGUCGCCUAUAACACAUUAACUAAAAUUUCGAAAACACUGACAACAGACGGUGCGGAUAUUGAUUACUACGUUGAGGUAUUCCCUUUCUGUUUGAACAUCGAUUAAAUGUUUAACUUACUGAUAGGGUAAUUCUCGCGGUCAAGUCAGGUGCGCCUUCACAAACACUUCCACAGAAUUGCUAUCAUUCCACUUGUUCGUAGAUAGUGAGUGUUUAGACAAGAAAAAUGUAAUUUUACAAUACUCGUACUCGUAGAUGGAGACCAAUUCUUUACGGAAAUGGGAGUUGCUGAUAGAGGAGAAGAUGGGGUUUGGGUCGCGUGCCUCGGCUCAUACUUCACAACCGAUGUGAAAUUGCUGGUCAACGGACACUACUCGGAUGCUGUCUACGAUCCAUUGUUAGUGAUCACUCGGGAAACUAAAUAGUUUUCAAUUGUUUUAUUUUUCAGGCAAGGGUUUCGACUAAAAGAAGGGAAUAGAACUGCAAACAAACUGUAUCAAUGUGAGAAAGACAGUGAACGGAGGAGCGCAACAUUCAUCGAAGAUAAUAGAGUGUUUGACGCUUUCGGAAACAAAUUCAGAAUGACGAUGGUUUGGUUCACAUUCUAAACGUGAAGACGGUUUGAUUUCAGGAGACAUACAUGUUGAAAACUGAAGUUCGAUGCAUUGUGGAAACGGAUCCAGAGUUGCCAAACGAGAAUUACACAUUUAUUCUUGUGUGUCCCAACCGGAGCAUUUGUCCCAACGUAAGACGAACUCAUUCUAAAUGACUAUAAAGUGCAAUUUGAUUCAAGUUAUCGAGUCCGAGACGUACUGAGAACAAACUGAUUGCGUCCGCAUAUUAUCCGAAUAGUCUUGUUGGCACAGCCUGGAUUCCUCAUUGCGCUUUUCUGAAAAACGACAAAGUUAUUGCUCAAGUAUUCAUGAAAAAACCCGAAGACCUUACUGUGAGUCAAUAAAGUCUGCUUACCUUUUACAAUUUGUUUUCAGAACUUGAUAAUAGUUGUGCUUUUGAUCGUUUUGAGUGUGAUAAUAAUUCUUGCAAUUGUGAAAACCUGCGACAACUUCCGAUACAAGCGAUUGUAAGAAUCUUCCAGUGUUAUCCGUUUUCACAUCGCCCGUUUCCAGAAGUUCCAUAAUCACGUUCAAAAAAGGACAAAUUUCUUUGGAAGAGGUUUGUUUCUUUUCGUUCAUUACGAACAUUACGUGUUCCUUCAGGGUAGAAAAAUCGGUGAGGGCAACUCAUCGAUCAUUUACUUGGUGCCAAUGAAAGACGACAAGCGAGAAGUGGUUGUGAAAUGUCUGAAGAAUCUCAGCAAGACUUCACUUUUUUAUCGAGAGCUGAAAAUACUGGAAUCAUUGAAUCGUUACACUGUAGUUUCACCAAUUGGAGUAACAAAACUUCCUGUACAAAAGUUCGUAUUUUUAUUGUUUCGGGCAAAGUGAACUCACAUUUUCAGAUGGUGUUAUAAGUUGCAAGUAGAACAUCUUGUUCUGCCAUAUUACCCGGAAAAGUCGCUCGAAGUUUUUAUGAAGAAAUACAGUCCUGCUAUGCCGGUAGAGGAAAACAACGUUUUCAUCGCUGAAGUGCGUUAAGACCGUUGACUAGCCAAACUAUUCUGAUUUUCAGAAUGGAUACGAAACGGUUACCAUUACCGAAUUGAUUGGUUUUGGAUGGCAAAUUGCAGACGCGUUAGCGUAUUUGAAAUUACAAAAAGUAAGAAAACUGAGAGAUUUUUGAGACAAUGGAUUUUAGAUAACGCAUCGUGACGUGGCGAUGAGGAACGUGUUGGUAUCCGCCAAUCGAUUGCUCAAACUAUCCGACUUUGAGAGAGCGCAGAGGGGAGAAACUACCAAAGUUAGCAUCACUUCGAAAUGGAUGAUCGCAUGUGGUAAAGUGAAAAUUCCCUGGCAAAUUUACCCAAUGGAAGCUCUAAAUGGACUUUAUUACUAUUCGGUAAGCCACUUUUAUUUCAUCUUAUUGCAAUAUCAUGUUCAGUCCGAAGUAUAUUCGUUUGGCAAUCUUCUUCUCUCUCUAUUCCAAUUUGGAAACUCUCAAUUCUUCACUCACGAAAGUUACUGUCUCUUUCUCAAAAACGGACCCACUCGACCGCCAUAUUGCCCACAGAGAAUGUGAGAAUUCACAAUUACUAAUCAAUAAUCUAAUUCGUAAUUCGUAAUUUUAGAUACGAAAAUAUCAUAAUCCCUUGCAUGGAAUUGGAUUGUACAAAUCGUCCCGACAUCUUGGCUUGUGCAGCAAGUCUUGAAACCAUUCUCAAUAUAGAAUAUGGAAAUGUAAUCGAAGUUCGCGAAGCUUUUUGA